CUCUGGUCUUUGAAGCAAGGCAAAGCUACCAUCUAUUGCACCUCAUUUUUCUCCCGCACGCCGGAGCUUCAACGGCCAACCUCCACCUUAUCCAAACGAUAAUAACCCUGCUAUAAUGAUUCCGAGGACAUUGCGUGCUGCUCGGGCGCUGCGACUCGGCAGCCGCGCCGCACCACGGACAGCCAACGUCACAGCCCAGCCCUGUCGAACCCUUUACCAGGCCUCGAGCACUACGCUACCAGUCCAUCGCCCGAGAACACCAUGCGCCUCGCGGUCGCGUGGGGUAGCAUUCUACUCGGCAGCCUCACAACCUGACGCGACAGCCCCUCCUUCGCAGCAAGCGACCAGGACACCCGAGAAGCCCGAUUACCUGAACGAGUCCGAGACCGAAAUCUGGAACAGGCUCAUGGCCGAGUUCGAGCCGGUGGAGCUUGUCGUCCAGGACAUCUCGGGCGGCUGCGGCUCCAUGUACGGAAUUGAGAUCAGUUCGGACAAGUUCCGCGGCUCCGGGAUGCUCAAGCAGCAGCGUAUGGUCAAUAAGGUGCUUGCCGACCUGAUGAAGGAAUGGCACGGAGUGCAGUUGAGGACAAGGGUGCCCUGAAUGGGCUAUGCUAUCAUGGGGUCGGACAAGGAGAUUUUGGGGUCGGUGCAGUGUUGGUAUUGAGAGUGAGUCAGGAACUAUGAUGAUGUACAUUAACCAACUGUCGCUGCUACUACGUCCUGGAGGAAAAGAGUUAUAUACCCAUACCAAGCUGGAGAUGAAACAAAUCAUUUCGGCCGCACAACUCUACAUGUACAAUAUAUUAAAAAUCCAAUUCUUCUUUUGACGG